AUGUCAACAAGUGACGCAGCAGAGAGACGCAGUGAAGGAAGAGAGACAGAGCCGCCUUUCACAGCAGAGCGGGCGAGGACUGCAACUGCGCGAAAACAAGUCGAGACGCUCAGUGACGCUGGACUCAGCACAGAACAAAGCUCCACAGAGAAACACACAAUCCAGACAAAGACACAUUUAUCGUUGAACCUCGGGAGACGACCAAAUGAGAAAGCAGAGUCCAUUCUCCUCGACACUUCUACAAAGAGUUUUCACGGACCAUUUCCAGCGUGCAGCAAGAACAUUGUGUAUCGUGUCCAUGAUCUCGCUGUGCAUGCCGUGGACAAGAUCCCUCUUCCUUUGAAAACAGUCAAAGAGACAAAGAACUGCAUCAGCAUCGAAACCAGCAGCAGAAUCAUCCAGAGCUUCCCUAAUGGCCUCCGUGGACCGUAUCACACAAACGCUUCUCGAUGUGAGGAACCAGCGAAAAGGGCGAACUCUUUGGAUUUAAACGUGGAUAAGGCCAGGGCUGAGGAACUGUCGGGACACUCUGCAAUGCUGUCGUCUACGGUGGUGACGGUCAUGGCACCUCACUGGAGCGGGCGACUGCGCAGGAGCAAAAGGGAAGGGAUGUCGGACUUUCAGGGGAACUUGCAAACCAGGACAGAAAUCUCCUCGGAUGUUGAGAGGAUGCUGUCGAGUGGACUGCAAAGCCAGCAUCACAUGCUCGAUGAUAGCGUCUUCUACAGCCCAAAGCCGCCCAGACAAAGAGACUCGUCAUCCUCGCCUUGUGAACUUGGCGAGAUUAGUUUAGUGUCUUCAAGAAGGAACCGAGCAUCUACAGGACCUCCCAGCGCAGGACCAGUCACGGGCGAAGAACGCAUGUCCCAUUCCUACGCAGAUUUGAAGUACGGUAUCGAGCCAGGGAGGUCCUUCUCUUUGAGUAGCUGGAGCGCCGGAAAGUCUUCUUCCAAUCCAGCGUGGGGUCAAAGCGUGGACAUUGUUGACAUUCCGUGGGAUACAGAGGCCCCUCCCACACCUCCCCCCACUCCCCCGUUGUCCCCGGUGACAAGACGCAUGUCCAAACCUCGAUGUCUCUCUCCCCCUUCUUUAUCCGGACGAUCAGACUCUCCCCAAGACGGCCAGUGCCCCAGAGGACACCUGCCCUCACGGGGGUACCUGUCCAGCCUCAGCACCUUCGAGGAGUCCUCUGACAGCAGCUCAGACACCACCACGGACGACGAAUACUAUUUAGAAACUGGUGAAGAUGAAGAAAAGGAAACCGAACUGUAA